UUUGGUGUCGGACCCCACUUAGCGAUGGUAUGGCAUAUGCCUAUGGUGUACGUGAAUCCUCUCGUCUCUGCUGUGGACACUUGGAAGAUUAAAAACUACCUUCAAAUAUGGAAUCUUAAUCUGAUCCCUUAACCCAAUUAGAGGCCUUCCUUCCUUCUCUUAUCUUUCCCUUCUUUAACUCAAUUUCUUUUACUAUAUCUCAAUCUCUGAGUUUCUCCAAAAGUGUUCGAUUUCCCGAUUCAGCAAAAUGGCUUUGCUGAGUCCUCGAUUGCAUAGAUUCCGGCUAACUAAGCUUCACCAUGUCUCCGCCUCCAAACCCACCAAAGCAACUAAGCUCACUCUCAGAAAAAAUUCCAGAUGCUGCUCUGCCAUAGCUAUUGAUGCUCCAUCUUCUUUAACAGAUGCUGCGGGAAUAAGAUGGGGUUCCACUACUUUUCAAGGCUUGCGGGAGGAAAUGGAAGACGAUGCUGUUGUGCGGUCUGAUGGUUUCAAUGACUUCUUGUUUGCUGCAGUGUUCGAUGGCCAUGGUGGCUAUUCCUCUGUCAAGUUCCUAAGGGAGGAGCUGUACAAAGACUGCGUGGCAGCCUUGCAGGGCGGCCAACUAUUGAAUGGAGGGGAUUUUGAAGUGAUAAAAGCGGCUUUAGAGAAGGCUUUUGAUGAUACUGAUAAGAGACUACUCCUAUUGCUUGAGGCAGCUGGGGAGGAAGAUGAAUCUGGUGCCACUGCAACCGUUGCAUUCAUUCGAAAUGAUGUGCUGUUCAUUUCACAUCUUGGUGACUCUUGUGUUGUGUUAUCUCGUUCUGGAGGAGCACAGGUGUUGACUAGUUCUCAUCGGCCUUAUGGAAAUAACAGCACAUCACUGCAAGAGAUUAGAAGAAUUAGAGAAGCAGGUGGAUGGGUGUGUGUUUCUCUUGAAAUUGGCCGCAUGUCUUAUGAGAGCAACUUUGCCCGAAUAACAUUUAAGAGAAAAAGAGUUAGAGAAAGAAAAUUGUUAAUGGGAGAAUCUGUGGGGACAUCUCUGUAUCACGUGCAUUUGGUGACAUACGAUUCAAGACAAAGAAAAGCGAGAUGCUACAGAAAGGAGUUGAAGAAGGAAGAUGGUCAGAAAAAUUUAUUUCUCGGUAGUGUACAGUUCAAUGGAGAUUUGGUUACUGCAUCACCAGAAAUUUUCCAAGUCACACUCGGAUCAAAUGCCGAGUUUGUACUGAUGGCAUCGGAUGGCCUAUGGGAUUACAUGAAUAGCUCUGAUGCGGUUAUGUUUGUUCGGAAUGAACUUAGACAGCAUGGCGACGUUCAGCUAGCUUGUGAAGCCCUCGCCCAAGCAGCCUUGGACAAAGGGUCACAAGACAAUGUCAGCAUUAUCAUGGCUGAUUUAGGGCGGACAGAUUGGCAAAAUUUGCCCCUUCAGCAAGACAAUGUCAUAUUUGAACUGGCUCAAGCUUUGGCUACGAUGGGACUCGUUUCUUUAGGUAUUUGGUGGGCAUCCUCUAGUUUCUCUCUUUAAAGUUGAUGUCUCCCACUGUUGUAUAAUCAAGUUCUUCUUCCAUACUUUUCACCUGUAAAGUGUAAUUGAGUAGUCAUACAAUGUAUCACAUCCUAGCUAGUUUAGUCAAACUUUACAUACCCUCAUGAGAAUGGAAAAUUCUUCUUUCCCUUAUGAUUUGAAUUGUAAACCGUCGAUCUUUGAUUUUUAAUUUUCUAUCAGAAGUAAAAAUGUCUUCAGACAA